AUGCAAGUGGAUAUGAAAGAAACUAUUAUCAAUGGUAAUAACAGCGUACAAAGUGUUUAUGGUCUACUAUUUAGUGCAUCGAUGAGAUCUUAUAUUUUACUUAUAGUCGGAAUACCAUCGUUCAUGUGUUAUGUAUUCAUAAUAGUUUACGUACUCACUAACAGGAAUCAUCGUUCAGCACCUAAUAAUUAUUGUCUUCUCAUUAUCUUAAAUCUUCAAUUUUUCUGUAAUAUAAUCGAUAUUCCGUCGGAGAUAUAUUUUUAUCGAGAAGGUCGAGUCAUUUUUGAGAACGCUAUUUAUUGUUAUAUCUGGCAAUUUUUGGCUUAUACCAUUUGGCCGAUCAAUGUUAUUCUCUUAGCAUGGGCUGCAUUUGAACGACAUAUUCUUAUUUUUCAUGAUCGGUUUCUUCGUUCAAAACGAGGAAAUAUAUGUUUGCAUUAUGCACCACCUUUAAUUAUUAUUACUUAUGGUUUAUGUUUCUAUGUCUAUGCUUUUACGUUUUACAAAUGCAAAAUUCCGCAUGUGUUUCAACAAAACUUUUGUAGCACUCCCUGCUAUACAAAUUAUGCACCCAUAAUGUUAUUUAGCAGAAUAGUUAAUUAUAUGAUUCCCUCAAUACUUACUGUUUUAUUUAGUGUUUUACUCCUUAUUCGUGUAAUAUGCUCAAAGCGUCGUAUGCGGAGGGAGUUUAGCUGGCGAAAGCACAGUAAAAUGGCUUAUCAACUUCUUUUUAUAUCAUUUCUCAGUACUUUAACUGUCUUUCCGUAUAGUAUCACUAGUUUUUUGAGUUAUGUUGGCUUGAAAACCAUUACAAAACCAAUGCAAAGUCUGUUCAAUUUCAUAGCUGUUUUAGAACCUGUGCAUUUUCCUUUCGCGUAUUUGACGACAACAUCAGAUUUCUGGGCAUUAAUUAAAACAAAGAUUCGCCCUGUAACUACUCGACGAACGAUUCCAAUAAAUCUCAACCGUGAUUAAACACAAAUUAGCUCGCAAUUAUCUAAUUAAUGUAGAGAAUAUUGAAGCGGUGAUGAUGUGCAAGAGCUUUUCUUCUCGUAAUGCUAUGUUUAUAUACCUUUCUUUGUGAUAUAGAUUUAAAGUUACUUGUUCAUUAGUGUUUUACGUAAUGUGUAUUCUGAUCACAUACUAAAAGUGGUUCCAUUAUAUAAACUGUCGUUCGUGACUCAUCUUUGAUCACAGUUUUAUACGCUUCAUGUUCAUAUGUUGUAUGAAUUCUCUUCCUAUUUAUUUCUAUAAAAUAUAAGUUAUGCCUUGACGUUUUGAUCAAUGAAAUUGAUCUUCUUCAGAAAUUAUUGAACAGUUAAGAUUACUAAAUUAUAAUGGAUAAACUUUAAAAAAAACAGUUUAAAAUAUACAAGGAAGCCAAAAGAGUAAAAAGAUAAUCAACUUGAGGAGUCAUGAACUUG